AUGUAUUUAUUUAGUUCACCUAGCAAUGAAGAACUACCAUCUAAAGAUGAAACAACUAAUUCUAUUAUUGAUUGUUUAUCAAUGUGUUCAAUAGCUGCUGCUAUUAGUCUUAUGUCUUCUGUAUCAAAGAAAUCACGUAACAGUAUUCUGAAAGAAUCAAAUGAUACUAAUGAAAAAUCCCCAUUAUCUAAACUGUCCACUUCAGAAUUCAGUUCAUUUUUGAUAAAUUCAUCUCAAACAAUACAUAGCUCAUCAGCGAAUUCAGUAAUACCAAAAACAAUUGAUGUAAAUUUUAAUUUUGAUCUUAUAUAUAUAUAUAUAAAUACUGGAAUUAUCUGA